AUGUUUGCUCAGCGCCUCAAAACCGUCCUCGUUCGGAACCUUUGCUUUUGUUUCCGCCGCCUUCGCUUUCGUCGUCGCAUCCUCCUUCUUCUCACCUCCUUCGCCGUCGCCUCUGGCGCCUUCGCGUUGGCGAUGCGCAACUUCUCCGGCCCCUCAGUCUCCGUGCGCGAGACAAGAGUUGGUGGAAAGCGAUACGGGCCGCGAAAGGCGUGCGAGCCUUCAGACCGCCUCAAUGGUCGAUACGACAUCGUCGAGCGACUUGGCUCUGGGCAGCAUUCCACUGUGUGGUUGGCGACAGAUACGAGCGGCCAUGGUGUUCAGGUCGCCAUCAAAGUGCUCACCAACGAGGUCACUGCACUGCAGGGCACCGUGGCUUACGAGCUUGACGUCCUGCAACGUAUCCGAAAGGCGUCCCAGUCCUCAGUAGAGGUGGCUGGCUUCAAGCAAGUUCUGCAGCUUGUCGACCACUUCCGCGUAAACGGGCAGUAUGGCGACCAUCUUUGUCUCGUGACAAAGGUGCUCGGACAGGAUCUUCUGAGCGUGCAGAGAGGUUACCCUGGCCGUCGCAUCCCUGUACCCCUGGUCAAGCACAUUGCUCGACACAUGCUGCGAGCUCUUGCCUUCGUUCAUGACACGUGCCACGUUGUGCAUACUGGUCAGUUUGUCAUGGACAUCAAGCAGGACAACAUUCUCUUCGAUACGUAUGGUAUUUGCGCACCCGAUCUGGUAGCGGCAGACGUGGUGCUGGCGGAUUUUGACACAGCCGUGCCCGAGGACGGGGAUCACCAGCGUCUCAUCCAACCAGAGGCUCUGCGUAGCCCUGAGGUAAUCCUCGGCUGCUCAUGGGGAGUCAAAGCAGACAUAUGGAAUAUGGGCUGCUUGAUCUUCGAGUUACUCACGGGGAAUCCCCUCUUCUCUCGCAAGCCUGCGCGGACGUCUACUGGCGAAAGUACUCCAGAGCAGGGUCACUUUGCAGCAAUCUAUGCUAUUCUCGGCCAAGGUGAAGACUUCACGAAGCUGAUCCAGUUCUUUUACUCGGGAUCGAACUUUCACGAGUUCUUUGACAUUCAAGGCAAGCGAUGA